GCUUAUUCGAUAGUGAAAUGGGCUUGUUUAAUUUUUGUAUUAUAUAUCCAUGGCUCACCUGAAAAAUACUAUACUUGGACAUAUGCAUGGGUGAUGGUAUCUGGAUAUUCUGUGAAAAGAUAUUGAAUCUUAAAAUCUAAAAUCUACUUCGCGUUCGUUUUAAACUGUUCAUUGCUCUUGUCACACUUGGAAAGCUGCAUCAAAAAUUAAUUUCAAGGUCUAUAUUUUCAGAAGGCGGAUAGUAGAAAACAAAAAUAAUGAGUUCUUCGGUGAAAGAGGCAACUAAUCUCAGUCUGAUGAUGGAUACCAAGCGAGACAGUUUGGUUACCCAGGCAAUCCGAAUGAUUGACUUCUUAAAAGAAGUUGACCAAAACAGAGAUUUGCACGAUUUGAGGAACCUAAAGCGGGCAAUUUACAGGUACGAACAUUUCUGGCUUCCAUUAGCAGCCAAAUAUCCAGAUGAAACCUUGUGUGCGCCGCUGGAUAUCGAGUGGGUGUGGCAUUGUCAUAUGCUUGCUCCAAGGGCAUACGUGGAAGAUUGUGAGACCAUACUUGGUAUUGUAAUUGACCACGUGGAAGAGAGCAGAAGUGAUCGCUCUGUGGCUUUGGACAAAAGUGCUUCCUACUGGGCAAAAGCGUACAACAAUGAACCGUUUUACAUCCAAUUAUCGGAACCAUUUGACCACAAAAUUAUAGAAAACUUCGAGUCAAAACUUUCGUAUGAUAUUGUGUUAGCUGCACAGCGACAGGCCAGCUUUUACUACCAGGUAUCUCUUCCACAUUACAAGGACAUGAUUUAUCUUCAACAUGCCAUAGGCAGAUAUAAAAUGUUCCUGAACCUUCGUAAACAAAACCCCAACAAUUUCCUUGUGCCUUGUUAUGAUAUUGAUCUGAUCUGGCACACACACAUGAAGAACCCGCUUGCCUACAAGAAGGAUACAGAGAGAAUAUUGGGCUACUUAUUUAAUCAUGACGACACCACUAUUGAUAGAAGCGACGGUUCAACGCUGAGCAACGGCGAUCGAGUCACUAAGCGAAAAUGGAAGGAUUUAUAUGGAGAGUCAUAUGCUAGACCAGGGGCAAUGUAUCGCGGCGAACCUCCAUACGGGACACUUGAAUCCGUUCCAAAGAAGACUAUUUUGGACCUUUCUGAAAAGGUUUGCAGUAUAAUAAUAGCGAAAGUGAUUGCUUAUCGGCAAAACGACCCAGUCAAAACACGAAAACAAAACAAAUUAAAGACAUUCAUGAUAGAUAUUUUUUCAAAUGAAAGAAAUUAUUUGAACAAGAAAAAACAUUUACUUCGUUUAAAUACCAGUAAUGCAACACUGUCAGAUCGCGAUACAUUUGAAUGGAAUUUGAAUCCGGGUGCUAAAAACACUGAUAUCAAAGAUGCGUUGUGCAGUUGUCAGAUGUCGUUUGUCCUUUUAAAAGAAAAGCGCUUUUUGGGGGUGUUUUCACCAUCCACAAAGGAGAUUGCGAAUCACGACCAUAAAAUACACAUUGAAGACAUCUACAAGAAAACUGGAGGUGACACAUCCAAGAUCUGUACCACGUCUUUUAGCCUUGGUUGUUUGAAAGUGACAAUGAAAACCACGCACACAGACAUGAAGGCUAAACUCCUCGAUCUAUACUUACAACUUGGCAUUUAUAAACCCGCUACGAUUCCGGAGAAUAUCGGACAGCUUUGGGGUCCUGUGGCUCUGAGCAAGUUACCAGCAGGGGUUGACAAUACUUGUAUCGUUGCCACACACAGGUUAGGAAUACGAGGAGAUAAUCAACACUUUUCUGUCCGUGUGAUUCACAGUGUUCCACUAAUGACCUCGAUCAUCCAGGUCUUCUACAGGGAUCAAAUGGUGGCCCUCUCUCACUUGAUUGGUGCCGAACAACUUCCAUUACCAACACAGGUGAAAUAUGCCAUAUUUAACGUCCCGACAUUGAACCCAAAGAUAGGGCAGCGUGCAAUGUUGAUCAAAAACGCAGCCGGCGACUGGGGGAUAGUGACUGGCGAGUGGUAUGGCUAUAGAAAGGGCAAACAGGGAACCAGAGUUGGGCGAAAAAUGGUCGGUGCAGUCAGCGGUGACCCGGGUGCUCUGUUGGUGAAGUUGUACAAAAAGACAUCGGCAGACUCCAUGACAAAAACCAGUUCAUUUAUUGAUUAUUAUUCAACCAACUCUCGCUCUAUCACGCUAGAUGCCCUAGAGGCUGACUUUAAGAGCGGGUUGCUCCGGGUGUCUCCUUCCGGUGAGGAGGUUGAAAACAUAGCUCUCGGAUUUUCCAUUGCUUUACUCCACGUGCUUUGCGUUCCACGGCCUAGGGACUGGGAAGAAGGGAAACCACUAAAACCAAAAGUGGCCGCAAAAGGAAGAAAGAACGUCAUGUACAUACCAGAUGGUCUUGUAUUCUUUAGAGCAGCGGGGAUCCUGUAUAACACGCCGUCCAAUCACUACAUACGAACAAAACUAAAGCAAAACAAAACUCUGAAUGGGCAGAAAAGUACGGAGAAUCAAUUAGACGUUGACCACGAUGAUGAAGAAAUGGAAAAUCGUUCAGAGGUCUCAAGCAUUGAUGACAUAAUGUGUGACGACUGGGACGACCUUCCGGGAGAUGACACAUGUGGCGGAAUUUACGAGGGCUACGGUGGCGAUGACAGUGGAGAGGUAGAUGGCGGGGAUGACGGAGGUGACUUUGGUGGUUGCGGGGGAUGUGGCAGUAGUGGGUCAGCUUGUGCAAGCGCGGGACUAGGAAGUUCCUGUGGCGGCGGAGGUGGGGGAGGUGGUGGUGACAGUAGCGGUGGUGGCGGAGGCGGAUGUGGCAGUAGCUGUGGCGGUGGAGGUGGUUGUGGAAGUAGCUGUGGAGGAGGAGGAGGAGGCGAUUAACUCUAUAUUAAGACAUUUGUGUUUUAUUGCGUCCAAAGAAUAUUUUCGGAGAAGUUAAACUGCGGAAAUAUUGUUUUCAUAUUUUAUUCAUUAAUUAUUAUAAUAAACAUCUCUGGCAGACACUUCCAGUUAUGCUUUGAACACGUCUUCAUGAAUUGAAUGGAAUGGUUGUUAGAAUAAAUGUAGAAAUUUGCCAUUCAAAUGCCGGAAACAGAGUAUUUCUUAAAUAUUCUUUACUCUUAUAUUUAAUUUUCUGAUAAGAUUAAAUGCUGUUGGAACUAUCUAACGCGUAUGUGAAGUACAUUUUGUUCUUUAUUUCAACUGAUGUCGAACGUGAAAUGGUCUAUUUUACAGUAUUCCAAGGCCAUAAAUAUACGUUUGUAAUAAUGCUUUCGGUAUAGUUUUUGCAUAAAUUCUUUUUCCACACGUCAA